AUGAGUCAAACAUCGUUGAAACAGAAAAGGAAGAAUGAGACCGGAAUGCGAUACUCAAAAGACAGUCUAGAUGCAGAUAAAAGAAAGGAAUCUGAUAAACCGGGACCUGAUAGAUCAGCUCGACUGAGCACACAGAUGAGGCGUGCAGUCAAUCCGAAUCACUUGCUGAGAUGUUGCCCCAUGCGGUGUCACCCGUCGUGUAGACGCUGCCUUUGUGCAGUUGAGGGAACUAGCCCCUGCCACACUAUGCGUAUUUAUAUUCACAUGUGCCUGUUGUGGGAGCAGGGCCGGCAGAUCACCAUGAUCAGGGGCUCCCAAGAAUUAUCAAUGCCAAAGACAGAGUCUGGAGGGUACCACGUGCGCAAUCAAUGGUCCCGAUCACCACGGAGCCCAUCCAACGGGGCUCCAGUAGAUGAUCCCAGAAGCAGGAACAACAAUACUAAGGUACACUCCCCCCGCUCCGCCGCCUCCUCCCGGACCUCGUCAGCCUCCGCCAGCCAGCAUGAAUCGCCUCCGCCGCCGCAGCCGCCGCAGCAGCCGCCGCCGUCGCCCACUCCGCCGUCGCGGCCCAUCACGCCGCAGGACUCGCGGCCCCCGACGCCGCCCGAGCCCGAGCCAGCCUCGCGGAGGAGCACCAAGAUGUACGACAACAACAGCUCCGAGUCCUGGCCCCACAGCACGGGGCGCGAGCCGCGCGAGGCCCGCGAGGCCCGCGACUAUGCGCACAGCUGCGACUCCCGCGACUCGCAGCCUCAGCCGCCGCGCGAGUACCAGCACCAGCACCAGCACCAACACCAGCACCAGCACCAGCACCAGCACCAGCACCCCUCGCCCGUGACCACCGAGUGGAAGUCCUACGCCCAGCGCCGCCUGCUCUACCCCUCCGUGGACAUCGACCGCGACUGCCUGUCCGACCUGCAGCAGCAGCAGCGCCGCCAGCAGCAGCGCGAGGAGGAGGAGGAGGACGAGGCCUACUGGGCCUCGGUGAGGUCUCAGUACGAGAAGACCCCCAGCUGCUCACGACCCCGACCGCCCAAACCCAAGCAUGCCAUCACCAUCGCCGUGUCCUCCCGGGCGCUCUUCAACAUGGUGGACGACCGGAGAAUCUACGAGGAGGAAGGGCUGGAGAAGUACAUGGAGCACCAGCUUACUAACGAGAACGUCGUGCUGACCCCGGGGCCCGCGUUUCGCUUCGUCAAGGCAUUACAGCAUGUCAACUCAAGGCUCCGUGAUCUGUAUCCUAAUGAACAGGACUUAUUUGAUAUUGUGCUGAUGACUAAUAACCAUGCCCAAGUGGGAGUGCGGCUUAUAAACAGUGUCAAUCACUACGGUUUACUUAUUGACCGCUUCUGUUUGACUGGUGGAAAAAGCCCCAUUGGCUAUUUGAAGGCAUAUCUUACCAACUUGUAUCUUUCUGCAGAUUCUGAAAAAGUACAAGAAGCAAUCCAAGAAGGUAUUGCCUCUGCAACAAUGUUUGAUGGAGCCAAAGACGUGGCUUAUUGUGAUACACAGCUCCGUGUGGCCUUUGACGGGGAUGCCGUCCUCUUCUCUGAUGAAUCUGAAUAUAUUGCCAAGGAGCAUGGGCUGGACAAAUUCUUUCAACAUGAAACACUAUUCGAGAACAAGCCUCUUGCUCAGGGUCCUUUGAAAGGCUUUCUGGAAGAUUUAGGCAGACUGCAAAAGAAGUUUUAUGCCAAAGACGAGCGGUUACUUUGUCCUAUUAGGACCUACCUGGUUACAGCCAGAAGCGCAGCCAGUUCAGGCGCCCGUGUGCUGAAGACCCUUCGACGCUGGGGUCUUGAAAUAGACGAAGCCCUUUUCCUUGCUGGAGCUCCAAAAGGUCCCAUUUUGGUGAAGAUCCGGCCUCACAUCUUCUUUGAUGACCAAAUGUUUCACAUUGAAGCAGCCCAGAAGUUCGGCACCAUCUCGGCUCAUGUACCUUAUGGCAUUAGUCAAAAAUACAACUGUUAGCGACUGGAAGAAGAAAUAAAGCAGUGACAGGCUGGUAUUACCAGUGGUACAUCUUUUGGAUGUCAAGAAUAAUUAGGUGUCAGAAGAUUGGACCUCAUAACUUAGAUCCUCUGUAAAGCUUUUCUCUUCAUUUAUUUGAAAACAUUUUGAAUUGACAAGUUACCACCAAGCUCCUUUUCUAAAAACCAACAAUGCUAAA